UUCUAUACUCAUUAUUAAAUCAUACUUAGAUAUAAAAUUCCAAAUAUUGCUUAAUUGGUUACUUACGUUUUUAGUGUUGUUUUCUUUGGAAUAUUUGGCGCUGCAGAAUGGUUUCUUGGAAUACCUGGAUAGUCCUGGUGACAGUACUACUAGCAGUUGGCAGCAGGGGCAGUAAUUCCACGGAUGAAACGGGUUUAUGUGAGAAAGCGAAAGAUCUGAUGGCCGAGAUGUGGCUGUGGGGGAUAGGGGGCGGCCUCCGAUGUGACAACCGCCUGUCUCCUGACUGGUAUCGGCUCGUGGAUGCCACCGGCCGCCAUCUCCAAAUCCCACGCACGUGUAUACAGAACAACGCAUGCGGUACACAAGUCCCACUUCGACUAGACCUGGGGGGGCGAGCGCUACCGGAAAUGAACGUCACGCUGUGGGCGUCUGUGUGCGCUUCGUAUGCCGUGCUUGGCCAGUGGGACUGUUGUGUGCUCAGACAGGAAGUCGGCGUUCGGAACUGUGGGGACUUCUUUGUUUACUACCUUAAACCGGUGGACAGGUGCCCCGUGGCCUAUUGCGCGCAAGACAGCACACCCAAUGCGAGUGUAGCAAUCAAGCAUGGGGAGUUGACUGGUACACCCACUCAAGGACCGGAUUUGGCCACUAUGUCUUCUCCAGGCACGGCUGCCUCCCCCGCAGACAUGGCCACCAUGUCUUUUCCAGCAACGGCUGCCUCCCUCGCAGACAUGGCCACCAUGUCUUCUCAAGCAACGGCUGCCUCCCCCGCAGACUUGGCCACUAUGUCAUCUCCAAAUACGGCUGUCUCCCCCGUAGAUUUGGCAACCAUGUCUUUUCUGUCUUCUCCAGCAACGGCUGCCUCCCCCGCAUACUUGGAAACCAUGUCUUUUCCAGCCACGGCUGCCUCCCCCGCAGACUUGGCCACCAUGUAUUUUCCAGCAACGGCUGCCUCCCCCGCAGACUUGGCAACUAUGUCUUCUCCAGCCACGGUUGCCUCCCCCGCAGACUUUCCCACCAUGUCUUCUCCAGUCGAGGCUGCCUCCCCCGCAGACUUCGCCACCAUGUCUUCUCCAGUCGAGGCUGCCUUCCCCGCAGACCUGGCCACCAUGUCUUCUCUAGUCGAGGCUGCCUCCCCCGCAUACUUGGCCACUUUGUCUUCUCCAGCCACGGCGGCCUCACCCACAGACUUGGCCAUCAUGUCAUCUCCAGCGACGGCCGCAUCCCCCGCAGACUUGGCCACCAUGUCUCCUCCAGCCACGGCUGCCUACCCCGCAGACUUGGUCACCAUGUCUUCUCCAGCCACGGCCGCCUCCCCCGCAGACUUGGCCACCAUGUCUUCUCCAGUCGAGGCUGCCUCCCCCGCAGACUUCGCCACCAUGUCUUCUCCAGUCGAGUCUGCCUCCCCCGCAGACUUGGCCACCAUGUCUUCUACAGCCACGGCUGCCUCGCCCGCAGACUUCGCCACCAUCUCUUCUCAAGUCGAAACUGCCUCCCCCGCAGACUUAGCCACCAUGUCUUCUCCAGCCACGGCCGCCUCUCCCGCAGACAUGGCCACCAUGUAUUCUCCAAUCGAGGUUGCCUCCCCCGCAGACUUGGCCACCAUGUCUUCUCCAAUCGAGGCUGAUUCCCCCGCAGACUUGGUCAACAUGUCUUCUCCAGCCACGGCCGCCUCCCCCGCAGACUUGGCCACCAUGUCUUCUCCAAUCGAGGCUGCCUCCCCCGCAGACUUCGCCAUCAUGUCUUCUCCAGCCACGGCUGCCUCGCCCGCAGACUUCGCCACCAUGUCUUCUCCAGCCACGGCUGCCUCGCCCGCAGACUUCGCCACCAUCUCUUCUCAAGUCGAGACUGCCUCCCCCGAAGACUUAGCCACCAUGUCUUAUCCAGCCACGGCCGCCUCACCCGCAGACUUGGCCACCAUGUCUUCUCCAACCACGGCCGCCUCCCCCGCAGACUUGGCCACCAUGUAUUCUCCAGUCGAGGUUGCCUCCCCCGCAGACUUCGCCAUCAUGUCUUCUCCAGCCACGGCUGCCUCGCCCGCAGACUUCGCCACCAUCUCUUCUCAAGUCGAGACUGCCUCCCCCGAAGACUUAGCCACCAUGUCUUCUCCAGUCGAGGCCGAUUCCCCCGCAGACUUGGUCACCAUGUCUUCUCCAGCCACGGCCGCCUCCCCCGCAGACUUGGCCACCAUGUCUUCUCCAGUGGAGGCUGCCUCUCCCGCAGACUUGGCCACCAUGUCUUCUCCAGUCGAGGCUGCCUCCCCCGCAGACUUCGCCAUCAUGUCUUCUCCAGCCACGGCUGCCUCGCCCGCAGACUUGGUCACCAUCUCUUCUCCAGUCGAGGCUGCCUCCCCCGCCGACUUAGCCACCAUGUAUUCUCCAGUCGAGGCCGCCUCCCCCGCAGACUUGGCCACCAUGUCUUCUCCAGCCACGGCCGCCUCCCCCGCAGACUUGGCCAACAUGUAUUCUUCAGUCGAGGCUGCCUCCCCCGCAGACUUGGCCACCAUGUCUUCUCCAAUCGAGGCUGCCUCCCCCGCAGACUUGGCCACCAUGUCAUCUCCAGCCACGGCUGCCUCCCCCGCAGACUUGGCCAACAUGUCUUCUCCAGUCGAGGCUGCCUCCCCCGCAGACUUGGCCACCAUGUCUUCUCCAGCCACGGGCGCCUCACCCGCAGACUUGGCAACCAUGUAUUCUCCAGUCGAGGCUGCCUCCCCCGCAGACUUGGCCACCAUGUCUUCUCUAAUCGAGACUGCCUCCCCCGCCGACUUGGCCACCAUGUCAUCUCCAGCCACAGCUGCCUCCCCCGCAGACUUGGCCACCAUGUCAUCUACAGCCUCCACCGCCUCCCCCGCAGACUUUAGUAAUGCCAACGACGGAAGUGGGAUUGCCGCUUAUAACACUCAGGAAAUGUUAUCCUUUGUAGCAGUUUUCACCGUGUCUGCAGGCGUCGAAGGAAAUGACUCGUUGUCUGAUGAAACUACUGCCAGAUCAAUGCUGGCAGGAACAGUGAAUUAUCUCCCGGACGAAUUGUCAGCGUCAUCCAGCCGCUAUAUAGAGCACACGGGAUCUCAAACACUAACGAGGUCUACCAACAAUGGCACAACAACCAGAUCGACCUACGUUCAAAAUGGUUCGACACCAACAAUUCUUUUUUCUUCGUCCCACGGAAACGAUGUGCUGACGUCAGACGAAUUGAGAACGUCAACUGUGCGGGCUCCAUCGGUAUCACAGUAUCCAUCUUUAUCCUUAGCCAGCAGUUUUACUUCACCUACAAGUGUUCCAGAAACAGCGAUUGCCACAACGGAUUUCAUACCACAAAGAAUAACAUCUUCGGAUCAGAUAACGCAAACAACCGAAACGUUGACGUUACAUAACGCAACUAGUUCAUCACCGACGGAGGUUUCUGAUACAAGUCCAACUUCCUCUAUUACAUUUACGCCAACCCGAACCGUAACGUUUUCUCAAACACUUGCGGCGUCGACGGUUGGUCGUAAACCUGACCGCGUAUCGAAUCCUUCAACCCGAGUGACUCCAACAGCCACAGGAACGAGACCAAAGUUGACAGAGCGAACAUCGCCCGAAUCCGAACGACCUCUCGCCAGUCCUUCCGCCUCUACCUCAAGUAAACUCCCACCAACGGGAACUCAACCGAGUACGACACAUGUUGCCCGAAAUGAGACAUUUGCGGGCGCAGACGGAGCCGGGGGUGUGUUCCAUGAAAAUUUCGGGUUGUUCGUGUUCCUGAUCGUUGCUGGGGCGAUCUGUGUUGCUCUGGCGCUCUUUGGAAUCAUAGGUUCCUCCUACCAACGACGCAUGCGCACGUGGACACCCACUACGGCGAACCAAUAUGCGUUUGCUAACAUGGAAAAGAGGGCGCUUUCGAGCGGCGACCAGGAGAAAGGCGGGAUUGAGAGCCCGCUAUCGGAUAUAGAUAUACUCAGGGACGAAAAGACUAUUGACGGGAUUUCCCUGUCCCAGGCGAGCACGGUUGAGUGUUCCCCACCCAAGAUUUCCCAGACGCCCGUCGUAUACGACAACGUGAACCCAUUAAAACAAGAACCAGAAGACGAUGACCUCUACGUAGUGGACGCUACUGUGACGUCAGCAGAAAAUCCAGGCAAUGGGAAUGGCGAUACAUAUUUUCCAAGAGGAAGUGACGUCACAGACGGUCUAGUUCCGGUCGACGAGCUUGACAAUCUGGCUCCACGUGCGCUCUUUCCGUGGAUUGAACAUGCCGCCGACACUCAACUGUAACCUCAUUUGAAGCGUUUAACCAAAAUUUGAAACUCAUUACGUAAUAUUUGAUAAUAUAACAGUGUUUUUUUCGAAAGAUAUUAGUUUCUUUUGGACUGGCAACAUUAAGUCAUAAAUGUGUGUGUACAUGCGCGUUGGCGUACACUUGAUUUACUCAAUGAAAACUGGUUAUGUAAUUAACUAAAAAGCAUCUGAUGCUGGAGAAAAAACAACAACAACCACAACAUAGUUGUCGUCGACGUUGAUGUAUGGAAAUGGUAUAUUGUUUAUGUAAUUCAUAAACCAUUAACAGUAUAUUCACGUGAAAAAGAAUACUAAUAUUGUCAAGUUGUUGCUGUCAGUUCUAACCAAUUAUAUCACUGGCUUAACGCUGGAAUUACAAAAGACUG